AUGGAUUUAUUAACGUUUUUACUGUAUUUUCUCUUUACUCGAAAUGUUGCAACAUGGGAACAAAUGACAAACAACCUCACCACUACAGCCACAGUCGCCACAAUUCAAAGCACCAGCGUAAGAAGUAACAGAAUCUUCAGCUACGGCACAACCAACAGCCCGCUACAAAGCAACAGUAUAGAAGGUGCAUCACUAAACAGAAGUGGUCGCAGUAUAGAGGAAAAUGGCGAGACGACGCAGAGUCUUAUACGAUUGACACCUUCGGUGCCACCGACACCACAUUUUGUCAACGAUUCUUUUAUAGUCUUUUGUAAGACUCUGCCACCGCCAACGGUGGCAACACCCACAGCAACGCCUGCACCAGGCAGUGGUGUCACACUGGCACCAGCGCCGGCAUCCUUGUUGGCGUCAACAACAGUACAAAGAGAAGUCGAGACUAAAUGGAUCGAUCCCGAUGGCAACGUUAGGGAGAACAGCAAAGGGCGAGUUCACAUAGAGAAAAAAUCAGGUUCAGUAGCUUUGGUAUUUGAACAUAUAUCACUGGAUGAUCGGGGUAACUGGACAUGCGAAGGCAGUGCCAAAGGGAUUAAGGAUAGAAAGACUUUUGAACUAUCGGUUUAUCAGAAAAUCUCCUUCGACAAAGUUGAAAUGGUACAAUCUGCCCGAAAUGGUCGAGAUGCCAAGGUUUAUUGCAAAGUGAGAGCUGAGCCAGCGCCAACAAUUUCAUGGCAAUUCAAUGGAGAGUUCAUACCGAUCUACAAUGCAACCAACUCCACUGCCAAGUAUGUAGCAUUCUCCGAUGGUCUGGUGAUAAAGGACGUUACCCAAGCAGAUGCUGGCGAGUAUACGUGCCGUGCAAUGCGUAUAACAUCGACCUUUGCUGAUUCCGAUCAGAUAACGAUACUAUUGAGGAUACAACAUCCACCGUAUUGGUUCGAUAACACAACGGCAUUGCUGCAAUAUGCCUACAUUGGUGGCGUUACGAAUUUAUCAUGUGAUGCCAUGGGUGAACCGCCGCCAUCUUUUGCCUGGCUCCAUAAUAGCCAGUCCAUUAGGGGCAGCAACUAUCGGGUCUUUUAUGGCGAUUAUGGGUCAACGCUGCAGAUAAAGGUUUUGAAUGCAUCCCACUUAGGCGAUUACAAGUGUAAAGUGGCAAAUCCACUGGGCACUCUGGAACGUGUCAUUAAAUUAACCAAAGGCUUGAAGCCGGAUAAACCGUCACGUUUUCAAUUGAGACGAGCAUUCACCGAUGGCUUCGAGCUGGACAUACGCUCAACAAAGUAUAGCAGUACGGAGGACAACAUGAACACGUUGGGCUAUCGAGUGGAGUACAUAAGUAACAAGGAUCUGGUGUACAGAGUGGGUAACUGGAGUUAUGCCAAACGAAAAGAUUUCCUCUUCCAUCGAGAUGGUCGCCGUUUUGUCAUUUCCGGCUUAAAAUCCAAUACCACCUAUCUGAUGCGAGCUGCCUCACGUAAUCUGGCCGGCCUCAGCGAUUUUAGCGAUGUGAAGUUUUUCGCCACCUUAGAAAGUCUCGCCAGUCACACAGUGACAUUUGUCACGCACCACAUCAUAAUCAUUUUCACUUUCGGCUUCCUAGCGAGUUCAGCCCUGAGGAAUUUUUAAUUUCCGUUUCCUCCCACUUGUCAAUUUAUCAUUCGCCACAUUUACGCUUAGGUUGGUUAUGCUGCUGCCUUCUUUUAUUUUUUCUGUAAAUUUUGUUUUGUCAUUUAUAAGGAAACAAAACCAAAACCAAAAACAAACAAAAAACUCGAAACAAAAAUUUAGUAAAAGUGGAAGCUUAGCUUUUUUAAAUUAAACCAAAAUAUAUGAAAUUAGAAAACGCAACCGAACGUGAAAAUGAAAAAUGAACCAAAGCUUAAUCGAAUAUCCUAAUAAUGCGGAUGUUUAUGGUGAUGAUAGGCAAAUUUCGAAUAGAAUAAUUUAUUAUUGUAAGCAAUGGAUGAUUUGUUUGUGGUUUCUUAGAUUAAAUUUUGUUAAAGUUUUUGAAAGCUGUUAUUUACAGAGGCCAUAGCAAAAAAAAAAACAGACAUUCAGAAAGGUAAGGCUCUCGAAGCCAAAUGUGAGUACUGAAAACAUUUGAUUCAUAAAGUUUAAAGAUAAUUCCAACAGGUGGCCAAUUUUGUUCUGAUUAUUUGAUUCUCAUAAACGGGUCAUAGAAACAUUUGAUUUCUGCAAGCAUUUUGAUGCCAUAGAUCGAAGAGAGAGUGUUUUUUGUGGAAACAAUACCCUUCUUCUGGUUUGCUAAUACGCAAAAACUAAAUGUAUGACAACAUUCGAUUUAUCGUGGAUAUAUUACCAAUUGAGAUUCAAAGAUGAUGCAAUUUCUAAUAAAUUAAUACGAUGUCAAUGAAACUCAAAACUCUAAAGUUGUACUGGGGACUGAAAGAUAAAGGGAAACCCAUUUUUUGAUUAGUAUCUACGGAAUAGGAGGAAUAUCCGUAUCACAUUGCGACGAUGUUCAAAUGAAAUAUUGGGUUGCCUAAAAAGUAAUUGCGGAUUUUUUAAAAGAACUUAGAUAAAACUUAGAACUAACUUUAAUCAAAUAUAUAAUUGCCAUUUUGUUCGAUAACCUUUUGCCAUCUUCCUGGCAAAUUUAGUAUUCCACGCUCAUA